AGCCUGGCGCAGUUUCUCGGUUAAUUCAAACGCCGGAUUCGAUCCAGCCGGAGCCCCCCAAAAAGGAAAUGAAGUCCUCGAUAGUGGAUGCUGCUGCUGGCGUUACGCUGCUGACCUUCUCCUUGAUGUUAUCGGUCUCCUGCCGCCAGCAGUUAUUAGCGACAAUCCCGCCGAAUUCACGGAAUCCCUAUUAUCUCCAGCAUUUCACGUUCCCGGUGAUCCCAGCAGCCGCAGCAGCGCAAGUGCAUUACGCUUUUCCCCAGAUGUUACAUCCAGUUUCAGCUGCUGUGAUCCCGGGCUCUUCUCCAGCAGCUCCGUGUCAACGUGAAGUGAAAUAUGCAACGCAACGAUUGGACGAAACCAUCCUGACUCUCCAAACUGUCCAGAACGAUAUGGAAGCCGUGAAAGUGGUUUCGCAAAAUUUGGCCAAAACGAUGGUGACCAUUUGGAUCAUGGCGACGACAAAGUUGGACGAAAGUUUGAAACGCUCGGCCGAAAUUGAUCAACUGCUGUCGGACUCGAAUAAAAGAAUCAUACAACUGCAAAAUGAUUUGAACGAAUCCCGAAAAGAUUUAGCCGACACCAAGGCGACAGUUGGGAAUUUAACAGCCGAAUUGAGAGCCUUUACAGCCAGCAGCACGAGUCCGUCAUCCAUUGGUAGACUGCCCAGCUCGUGCGCCGAUUUGCAGGUGAUUGGAUACAAAAGAAGCGGAUUAUUUUCAAUUCUGGGCAACAAUAACAGGAGCAUCGACAGCGUUUACUGCGAUUUCACCAAAUCUUCCAACAACACAGAAUUUCAGGUUUUAAUUGGAUCGAUCGACGUCAAAUCCCGACCGACUUAUUUCUACGUCCAGAAAAACAAUUCCUUCUCGUCGAUGGGCGUCCCGAUUCCGUUCGAAAUGGAACCAGUCAACAGCGGAGGGGCCUUUGAUUUGGCCAACGGAACGUUCACGGCCCCCAGAAGCGGCACGUAUUAUUUCUCGUUCACGGGACUGGCGGAAUUCCCGGCCUCUGUGGAAUUCGUCUACUUGGAAGUGCGUCUCUUGGUCAACGGACUGGGCGUCGGCACGGCCCACUCGUCCAAGUCGAGCGCCACCGAGUACCAAUUCAACCAGUUGGCUCUGCAAUCGACUCUGGUCUUGCGACAAGGCGAUCGCAUUUGGUUGCAAAUCACCGGCAUGUCGGACGGAGUUUUUCUCUACGACGCUCCCGAAAUCCACCACACCCAUUUCAGCGGAUUCCUUUUAGAAGAAGAUUUCUCUUGAUUGUAUUGUUUAUUUUAUCAUAUGAAAUGUGUCGAAUAAAUAUAUAAAUGUUUAAUGGUUC